AUGAGCGCCAUCGACAUCGAUGAGCCUCCCUCCCCAGCAGCGACCGCGACUGAAUUCAACAACGGUGGGCCGGCUCCACCUCCUCCUCCCGCAGCAACAGCUGCUGCCGCAUCAGCAGCCGCGGUCAAUGCUACAGGCACGACUGCUCAGGAGCCCGUCAAGGUUGACAUCUCAUGUCCUCGACCCGAUGAUGUAUCGGUGACGGACGAUGGUCCCGUUUUCCGCGCCACUAUCAAGGCGCUCGAGCAAAAGACGGGUAACAUGCGAACACAGAUGAAGCGGGUUAUCAAGAAAGCCGAGGCGGCUCAUACCGCGCAAAUCGAAGCAAAUGACGCUUUCGUCUCGUUCAUGGACGCCCUGCGGGAGGCGUCAUCAACCAACGCCAAUGCUGUCCAGCCUGCUAUUGAGCAUUACUUCGACAAGAUUGCUCGUGAAAUCCUCACCUACGAGCGAGUCAAUGCCCAGAAUCUACAAAGAAUAGUGAUUGAACCUCUAAGUAAACUUUACAGCAUGGAUAUCAAGCAGGCGGAGGCCAAGAAGCGCGACUUUGAAGAAGAGAGCAAAGACUACUACGCCUAUGUCGGUCGCUAUCUUGGCCAGCGGCACGAUUCAGUGAAAGCAAAGCAGAGCGAUUCCAAGUACCAGUCGAAGCGGCGAAACUUCGAGUUGAAGCGAUUUGACUACUCUUCCUUUAUGCAGGAUUUGUCGGGUGGCCGCAAGGAACAGGAGGUUCUGUCGCAUCUCACCAAGUAUGCAGAUGCACAAGCCAAGGCGUUUUUAGCGACCUCUAAGAAAGUCGAUGCCUUAUUACCGCAACUCGAGGCGCUGUCUUCCGAGGUUCAAGUUGCAGACAAGGAGUAUCAAUACCAACGACGUGAGCGGGAAGAGAAACGGCGACUCCUGGAGAAGAGCAAUGUAAUGUAUGUUGAACCUGACUCGGUUUCGUCUGUUGCUGGAAGCGGCCAGGGGUUCAUCAUCAACGGCAAUCAGUCCAACUCGGACUCUGAGCUCGGCCGAGCGGACAGUACUGGUUCGCAGUUGAGAGCUGUUGUCACUGGAAACUCAAACACCACUACUCUUGUUGGUGGGGAUCUCUCGCGUUCUCCUGGUAGUUUAGGCCAGUCAUCAGUCGGAAGCCCACCGCAGGUCUCGAAGUUCAAAGGUAUUCGAGACCUUGAAGAACGCGACCUAAGCCAGACAGCAGCACUCGAGAAGAAUGGAGCCACGCAGAGGAAAGAGGGCCUUCUUUGGGCGUUAAACCGACCCGGUGGUCAUGUUGAUCCCCGCUCUCUGAAUAAGCAGGGGUGGCACAAGUAA